CUCAUUCACAAGUCGGGUCGAGGAGCUUCUGCGCAGGAACGUGCCACUGAUUUUGGGCUCAACUCUCUUUCAACGUUCCAUGACAUGAACGGGCAACAGUCACAAUGGGGCUACCCCAGUCAUCGAACACCUCAACACCAUCCUCAACAAUAUUCCCAACAUCAAUAUGCUUCGAGGCCACAGGGAUCUCCAGACACGAAUGGCACACGCUUCGCGCCUCAGGAUUCCGACUCGGUUCACCAAGCCCACAGUUUGCUAGCCGUGUAUCCAACUGCGUCUGCAUCACCAUCGUCACAUGUGGCCCGACACUUGAGCAAUCUUACGCUCACUGCUACGACACCCGCAUAUAUGAACCAUAGCUACAUCGUCCCGAGCCAAGACACGACUGGACAGUCUUCGCUUUAUGCCAACUACAAUCGCGAACUGGAUUAUCUCUCUUCACGUCAUACGCCAAAUGACAAUCGCGCGUACUGGGACAAUGUCAGGGGUCAAACAGCUGGAGUUUUGACUACAGGUUUCGCAAAUUCCCAACUGCCUGGGCAUCAUUCUUUACCGUCACAAUGGGCUCAGUCGCAUGGCACUAUGUCAGCCUACCAGCCUCCCGCAUUUGUUAGUUCUGUGUUCCAUCGCGUCAGUCCGGCCUCGGCCUACCCCACACCUCCGCCUCCUGCCAUGCAUUCUAGCUCCUCCUCGCUUGCACAUGCUCUCGGGUUUCCAGCACAGCAGCAACAGCAGCAGCAGCAACAACAACAACGACAGUCUCAACAGCAAUAUCAACAAUCACAGCCUCAGCACGAAUACCAUCGCCAGCACCAGCAACCCAAUUCUCCAGCAAAGCCCACCGCGGAUGAGUCACCUGCAUUUUUUGACACUUUCCUGCAAUCAAGGCUCCAGGUGCUAGAGCAGGAAAACCAUGUUCAGAGACCUAUGGAACACGAACUUGAUAUUCUGGCGCCUGUAGAUCAGAAAACCGGACACGUGAGACCAGAGACGCCGAAGCGUCUCAUUCUACCUCCUCCUGCCCGUCAUACGCCAAAUAAUUUCAUUUCUUGGUCCAACCAGACUUCUCCGCAAAAGCGGAAGCGAGAGGAGGGACAUGACACACCAUCCAUUAAGCGUAUGGCGUCGGGCCAGCUUAGAGAUGCUCCGAAGAAGCCGUUGGUUCCAAAGGCCUCGCACCCACAGAAGUCCCGGCAGAUCAUGGCUUAUGUGGAAAUUCCAUCGCGACCACCUCUAGUUACUUCGCGCUCUUCGCAACGCCCGAGGCCGGCGUCUCCUGAUGACCUAGGAGGAUAUGGCUCAGUCGAAGACGAUCCAGCCCCUACAAAGACUCGCAUCCAUAGUAAUAAACCUAAUUCGUCACGUCGCACCGGCGAUCGGGAUGAAAGAGUUCCUCUUGAGAAAUUCUCUGCGCUCAUUGAGGAUAUUUUUGAGGCAGAAGAUACGUUACCAGCCGAUACGGAAAUAUCAGAACUGCCGAAAAAUUUCUUCUCGCCGCUGACUCCAGACUGCAACCAACCUCAUCUCCAGACUGGACUCAUUCGGAAGCUGACAAAUUACAUAAGUCAGCUUGCUCGACCAACGAAACGUCUCAGACGUCCAAUGAAAGAUGGCCUUGUUAGCGGAGCAGGCUCUCCUCGGACAUGGGGUAGCUUGGCUGAUGUUGAGACUAACGUUCUUGCGCGGCUUUUUAAGAUCUUGGAGCGCAGUGUUAAAGCUGGAGAAGAUCUUGAUCCCUUUGGUCUCACUUCCUUAAAUGCCGAAAUUCUCACUUCGCCGCGAAAACCAAAAACAAGAAAAGCCGCCAAGCCGAGCGCGUCACAACGAGAGGGAUCCAGAGGUACUCCAAAACUGGACGACAUGCAAGUGGAUGAUGAACCUUCACAGUCAAAAGCCUCCAGCGCCGAGAGACUUGCCGGGGUAGACGGCAACUUUGUCGUUAGACAGCUUGAGAUAGCUAAAGACAGUAUAGUAGCUGCCGAAUGCUGCAUUUCACUCCUAUCCGGCGAGGACCUUACCAAGCAGCUUUACUCAGAAGAACUGAUCACGACGUGUCUACGAGCAAUCAAAAACCAGCUUGAAAAUGUUGUAUACGCGUUCCUCGAGUACGUUGGCCAAAGUUCACCACCGUCACCUCAGCUGCUGCUUCUGCAGAAGAACUUGCAUCCAUCGUCUAGGGAGGUCCGUCGAGAACUUGGUGAACUGUUCCAGGCCCUUUCAGCGAUCUUCCCUCGUGUCGACAGCCUCAUCUCCCGUGAAAAUUUAGUCAUGUCUGACAGCAUCAUCAUUCAAACGGUCUAUAUCGCUAUCGGGCCUUUUUUCGUCGUGGAGUCACUACCAGACAAUGAAGGCAAGGGCAAGGAUAACAAUGUCGCCCAGAUCCUUGGAAAGAGCGCCAUGAGAGGUUUGCGACUGGAAGCGAUGUCGUUGAUUCGUAGUAUCUUUGCUAAACAUGAAGACCAACGGUCGUGGAUAAUUGAGGAGAUCUUGACUUCUCUCAUCAAGCUUUCCGACUCAAACAAGAAGACUAGCCAGUUCCGUCUCCGAGACGGUCGAUCAAUACGAACUGUUUCAGCACUGCUGCUACAGCUCGUUCAGACGUCAGCACACGACGUCCGAGUUGCUGCUAGGAGAAUACACAAGGACCGUCAGCGUAAUGUUGCUAUGCGAAGAAACGAUAGCUUUCACGAAAAACAUCCCGAACCAGUAUUAGAUGAACUCGACGACGAGGAAAUCCGAUUGUACGGUGGGGGUCUGGAAUCCGCCGCCAAUGCUGCAAAGACCGUAGUGCUGUUCUUAACGCAGAGGUCCGGCAAAGGCAAACAAACAAAGUCAUCCAAUGAGGCCGAAUAUCGCAGCAUCCUCGAUGGCCUCAUUUCUGACGUGCUCUCUGUGCUUUUCUGGCCCGAGUGGCCUGCCGCUAGUCUCUUACUGACAAUCCUGUGCAAAUUCAUGAUAUCUACGCUGGAUGAUGUCAAGACGAGUAAUCAAGCUGAUACUAAUGGCGCUAAGAGCAUUGCGCUAGAUCAUCUGGGCGUUAUUGCAGCACGGAUACGAUCGAGCGCGCUGAAAGUAAAUGAUAGAAAAAAGCGGCCUCUCCAGCCUAUGGACGAGAUCGUUGCGAAGCAUAGCGUAGAUGAACUAAACCGGCUGUUGUCAAAGCAUGUGGACAUUCUGUCUAACCUCUGUCAGAGGUUGUCGGAUGAUCCUGCGUGCAACAGUGCUAGAGAACUCGCCGCAGCUACAUUGGGUCAAGAGCUAUCGUCAGCGCUCAAGAACCAGUGUGUCAUCUUGGAGGCCGAAGACAACGACGAGCCAGAAUCAGUUAGGGAUAAGCGAACUGUCUUGUGCACAAAACUGAAAGACGCUUUGCGGGGUGUCUGGACGGACCACACUGUCGAUGUCUUCAACGUCGGGUCACAGGAGGAGGUCGCUAGGAUCGAUCAGCUAGCAGAAGAAAUUGGCACUAUUCAAGGACUUCGCAGCUCUUUUAACCCCAUACUCAACGUAAUCUUGGUUGCGCUUGAUGCCCCGCCCGUGUUCAUGCGUACGAAAGCGCUGCGAGCAUUGGGCCAGAUUGUUACAAGUGAUCCAAGCGUCUUGGCAAUGGCAAAUGUGCGCCGAGCAAUCGAAAGUCAUUUGCUUGAUAGCUCGCCUGCUGUGCGCGAUGCCGCGGUAGAGUUGAUUGGCAAAUACAUGAUAGAUUCGCCCGAAGUCGCUAGCGACUAUUACAAGAGGAUAUCAGAGCGGAUCGCAGAUACAGGCCUAGGCGUCCGCAAGCGCGUGAUCAAACUACUGAGGGCAUAUUACUUUGUGGAAGAUUCACUGAGUUGUCGGAUUGACAUUGCAACUAGGAUGGUACUUCGCAUGCUUGACGAGGACGAAACUGUCAGGGAUCUAGCCGUUAAAACCAUCGAAGAGCUUUGGUUUCAGGGUGCCGGACAAGGUUCAUCAAACUCGAAACCCAGAAGUGCAAAUGGCGACAAGGCUCCUUUACUCUCCAAAGUAUCGGUUAUUAUGGGAGUGUCAGCUAACUUCAAAGAUCGCCAAUCGCCUUUGGAGGACAUGCUACAUCGGAUUAUGGCCCAAGGGGACGAUACCGUAGAAACUGCUUCGCUUCGCUCUAGCUAUUCUGAAAUUUGUGAAACUUUGAUUGAUGGACUAGUUGACGCAACCGAACUGCCUGGCUUCACCAUUCAAACUUGCAUACGAACCAUAUACCUGUUUACCACCUCAUACCCCCAUGUCUUGUCGGGAGCCAACGCAUCGACUUUACUACCCUAUCUCAAAAACCCAACUUCGGCAGAGGAGCUGGCAAUCUCCGACUACCUACUAAAGAUAUUCCGAAUUUCAAUCCCUCACAUGCCCAAAACUGCCGUUAAGUUUGGCCAGGAACUACAACUAAUUCUGCAGCCAAUGAUUCUUAAACCAUCCAGCGCGGGUGGUGUCUCGGGCCUUCAAGAAGCUGUAGCAUGUAUCUGUAUGGUGGUCAAACACUUGACUCACGACUUCACUCGUCUUGUUGGGUUACUUAAAUCUUGCAAUCUGAGACUGCAGCAAGCCAUCAAUCGUCCGGCGAACCAAGAGAUGAAUCAGAUGGAAGCAAAAUCCUUGUCUAUUCUCAUCUUCAUCGUCUCCCUGCUGGCAGAGCAUUGUGAUUUCGACCACCUUCGCGAGGAAGAUCAAUCACUUACCGUGGAUCUCGAUACCGUGGCGCAGGGUUCUAUUGUUCUCCAUAUCUAUGAUAGUCUUUUACGCUUGUAUCGCAAGGUCAACAAUGCUGGCCUGAAGGGCCGCGUUCUGCAAUGCCUCGGCUUCUUGUUCCGGGCUCAGCCUUCUCUCAUGACAGUGGACUCUUCCGCAACCAUUAUGGACGACAUCUUCCAGUCAACUGACGAAGAUAGUCGUGGCCGCCUGCUAAAGAUUAUGCAUGACUUCUUGGCAGCUGAGGCAGCUAAACACUCUGCUCAGGAGAAACUGAAUGCGCAGAAGAAGACUAACAACUCGUCUGUCAAUAUGGAGGAGCUAGUUGGUAAUACAGAUGGUUUUGCUGACUCUGGUGUCAGCUCUGCUAUUGUUCAACGCUAUAUCGAUUACAUCCUAGAGGCUGUGCUUUCGCAAAAUCAUCAAAUUCAGAGUGUGGCCGUCGACAUUCUAACCUUCACAGUCAAGCAGGGCCUGGCUCACCCCCUUCAAUCUUUUCCUUACAUUGUGGCACUGGAGACUAGCCCAUCCGCACAAUUAUGUGCUCGAGCCAAUGCCUUGCACGCAGUCUUGCAUUCUAAGCAUAUGUCCCUCCUCAACGCACGCUAUAUCGUGAGCGCGCGGAGGUCAUUUGACUACCAGAAGAAAAUUGUUACUGGCGUUCCACACGGUUAUCGUUCGCAACCCGACCCUGUUGCACUAUUGCAGCGUUGGUAUUCCCUAGUUCGGGAAAAGCGAAACACUCGACAGGACCUGUUGAGGGCUCUGUUGAAGGUUUUCGACAUAUCUGGCUCGCUUAAGUCUUCUCAGGAUGACGUUGAAUUUGCGCGGUACAUGGCCGAGAAUUUCUCGGCGCUGGAGUACAAGACUCAAGAGGAGGUCUUGACCGUGAUCAAGUCUUUGACAUCUGUUCUGUCCACGACAGGCAUGCAGAUCGUCGAGGCGCUUUCACCUUCCAACCUGCUUGCUCAGCUACGCGGGACUUCUGCCCCUAUGGUGAUGAUCGAACAAAUUCAGGGUUCUGAGGUGUCGGACCCUCAGCAAGGUCAGGAUCAAACGAACAACGCACGGACAGUCGACGUUGAUCUCAUGAGGAGCUCUAUCAUUAUCGGGAUGGUCAUGAUUCUGAAAACGCACCUUAAGCAUCUUUACGGCCUUUCCGAAGAGAAAUGUUCCAAAUUCGUCAUCGGAAAGAAAAGUGUCAUUGGAGACAAACCUGCUGUCCGACGACAUCAACAUGCCAUCAUUUGGGACCGGCUCCCUUUCGUCACGACUGCUAUGAGUGACACGGACAUGGAAGCUCAGCGCACAACGUUUCUGGAAGUUUGGAACGCUGAUGGCGUCAGCAGGGAACCAGAAGACGAGUUUGAAUGAUUACAUUUCAACCCUUGCUCACGUUGCAAUUUCCUUAUUGUUAUUUUUGCUUUUUGUGAAGGACAGUAUGUUAUGGACGAUAUCUAUAAUACCUAGACCCAACUCUGUAAUUAUUCUUAGCCACUCCAGUGCAAACAUAUACCCCGUUCAUCAUGCUUAAUUUGGUUUCUGAACGGUGCCUUCUCUGAAUAUAUAGGGACCUCUGGGCAUCUCAGUGAUAACUUCUUUGGCCUCGUCAUCUAGUGAGGGGUUAUCCUCAAAUCUCCACUCGAGCUCGCCCCCGUAUGCCUUAGGCAAAUCCUUCGAAUUAAUCAGAUUUCGAAGUACAGGCCCAGGGUCCUUGCCGAGAACGUGGAUCUUGUUCCGUGUACCUUCGUCAAACCAGUUCUACCAUAGUAGUGUUAUCACGAAUUAGAACACUGGUAGAACGAGCCUGUCAGAUCAUCUACCUUGAUCCAACCCCAAAUAGUCGGGAAAAAAGAUGGUGAAUUGACUACUGCAAUCCGAUGCAGUGUCUCAGGAUAGUUGGCAGUGGCUAACGUCGAAGCUUCUUGCAAAUGACUUCUCAAGGACCAUAAAGAACCCAAGGAAACCUGCUCAAGAUCUAUUAUGCUCGUGGUGGAAUAUAUAGGGCGUUGCUUGAGAUGAGAGCAAAGCGGUGUCACGAAAUGAGUCAUUGCUUCAUAUAGUGCAACGCUACUCUGAGAUGAGGAUGGAUGAAGGACGAGAGGCACGAGCAGGACGCACAUACGCUGGUACCGGCGCUCCGCUGAAGCUGAGUUGAGCUCUGCUUGCACAGGGGCCAAUGACGCAAGCCGGUAGACAUAUACGGGGUGACCAUCCUGAGGCUGAGGUUUGCAUCACAGGGUCAAUGGGUCUGUUGGUGACCUACUUUAUCUCUUCUUCCAGUCCAUCGUGGAUAGAACUUGCGGGAAUUCUCCAUCUCGUCGGUAUCGAAGUUCUUGAAGAGAUUGUCGACGUCAUGCUUACGUCGCCAUGCGUCUGCGGCGGCAUAUUGCUUGUGGGCGCCGGCUUGAUCUAGCUUGCGUGCUCUAAGAAAGCGUCUGAGACAAUGUUUGAGUACUAUAUCUUCU